ACUUGCAGCUCCAGGGAGGGGCUUGGGACCCCUGGUGCUUAGCGACAUUUGAGUAAGGGUCGAUCCGGUCGAUGCCGAAUGCUGAGGUUGGUUGCUGUGGGUGAUUCCUGUAAUUUCCUUGAAGGUUUGCCUGAAUCCAUCAUUGCCGCUGCCUGUUCAAGAAGUGGCCAGAGGGUUCUGCAUGUUGAUUCAAGAAGCUACUAUGGAGGAAACUGGGCCAGUUUUAGCUUUUCAGGACUCUUGUCCUGGAUAAUGGAAUACCAGGAAAACAGUGACAUUGUGAAUGAAAGCCCAGCAUGGCAAGAACAGAUCCUUCUAAAUGAAGAAGCCAUUGCUCUUAGCAAGUUGGACAAAACCAUUCAACAUGUGGAAGUGUUUUGUUAUGCCAGUCAGGAUAUGCAUGAAGGUGUUGAAGAGGCUGGUGCACUGCAGAAAAAUCACUCUCCAAUGACAUCUGCGAACUCCACAGAAGCUGCAAAUUCUGCCCGCCUGCCUACAGAAGAUGAGUCAUUAAGCACUGUGAGCGGUGAAGUGCUCACAGAACAAACUCCAGGGAGUGCCCUAGAAGUAAAUGAUGUUGAAGUGACCAGGGUGAAAGAAAACGGUUGUGAUAAAACUUGUAUGCUGUCAACUUCAGAAGAGGGAACAAGUGAAAAUGUGCCUAUAGUAGAAGACAUCGCAAAACAACCAAAGAAAAAUAGGAUUACUUACUCACAAAUUGUUAAAGAAGGCAGGAAAUUUAAUAUUGAUUUGGUAUCAAAGCUGCUGUAUUCUCGAGGAUUGCUUAUUGAUCUUCUAAUCAAAUCUAAUGUCAGUCACUAUGCAGAGUUCAAAAAUAUUACCAGGAUUCUUGCAUUUCGAGAAGGAAGAGUGGAACAGGUUCCUUGUUCGAGAGCAGAUGUCUUUAAUAGUAAACAACUUACUAUGGUAGAAAAGCGAAUGCUAAUGAAGUUUCUUACAUUUUGUAUGGAGUAUGAGAAACAUCCUGAUGAAUAUAAAGCCUAUGAGGAGAUUACAUUUUCUGAAUAUUUAAAAACUCAAAAAUUAACUCCCAACCUCCAACAUUUUGUUCUGCAUUCAAUUGCAAUGACAUCAAAGACAACCAGCAGUACCAUAGAUGGUCUCAAAGCUACCAGAAAGUUUCUUCACUGUCUUGGGCGGUAUGGCAACACUCCUUUUUUAUUUCCUUUAUAUGGCCAAGGGGAACUCCCUCAGUGUUUCUGCAGGAUGUGUGCUGUAUUUGGUGGAAUAUAUUGUCUUCGCCAUUCAGUGCAGUGCCUUGUUGUGGACAAAGAAUCCAGAAAAUGCAAAGCAAUCAUAGAUCAAUAUGGUCAGAGAAUAAUCUCUAAGCAUUUCCUUGUGGAGGACAGUUACUUUUCUGAGAACACAUGCUCGCACGUGCAAUACAGGCAAAUUUCCAGGGCAGUUCUAAUUACAGAUAGAUCUGUACUACAAGCAGAUUCAGAUCAACAGAUUUCCAUUUUGACAGUGCCAGCAGAGGAACCAGGAACUUCUGCUGUUCGGGUCAUUGAAUUAUGUUCUUCAACAAUGACAUGCAUGAAAGGCACAUAUUUGGUUCAUCUGACUUGCACAUCUUCAAAAACAGCAAGAGAAGAUUUAGAACCAGUUGUGCAGAAAUUGUUCAUUCCAUAUACCGAAAUGGAGAUGGAAAAUGAAGUUAAAAAACCAAGACUUCUAUGGGCUCUUUACUUCAAUAUGAGAGAUUCUUCAGACAUCAGCAGGAACUCUUAUAAUGAUUUACCAUCCAACGUUUAUGUCUGCUCUGGCCCAGACUGUGGUUUAGGAAAUGAUAAUGCAGUCAAACAGGCUGAGACCCUCUUCCAGCAAAUCUGCCCCAAUGAAGACUUCUGUCCACCACCUCCAAAUCCUGAAGACAUUGUUCUGGAUGGAGACAGUUUACAACCAGGGACUUCAGAAUCCAGUGUCGUACCAGAGGCUAAUUCAGAGACUCCCAAGGAAAGUGGAAACCUGUGGAAGCCAGAGGAGCACUCUGAAUAACAGAUAUACACCAAAAUAUUUGUCCCACUUUGGAAGUUCCUCCAGGCCUCAGAGUCUUCUUGAUUGAGCAGCAGCCAAUUGUCAUGCAGAAUUACCAA